UCUAAAGCCAUUUUCAUGACAAAUUCAUCUUUAAGAAAACUUAAUGUAUAAGUGGAACUGUCCAUCCAUUUUCUUUGACGCUUAUCCUCACGAGAACACAGCGUAUGCAUUUUGAACUUGAACAUUAUGUGGUUUAGUUUACUCCCAGUGAAGCAAAUGUCUUCCCGUGACGUAUUCAGGUGUCAGUUUCCUUGGACCUUGUGAUGCGUUUGGUUUUUACUCCCCUCCGUGUCCCUGUGAUGCGUUUAGAAGUGCUGCUUUCCUUAGUCCCAAGGGUUACGUUCAAGCGUCUUCUCUUCCUCGGCCCUCAGCCUCCUUGAUGCAUUCAAUUGUCCUGCCCUCUUUGGUCCAUGUGACGCAUUGGAGCGUUUAAGGGGCGGAUAAGAGUUUGUCCGUAUCUUUCUUAGCCAAUAAUGUGGAGGGAAGUGUUGUUCAAGUCUCAGCUGGCAAACAUUUAAAGGGGAGACAGUACGGCGCUGGAGCAAUUUCUAUGAAAGCCCGUACGUGCCCCCCAGCCCCCUCAGGUCUAUGGAGGACUUGGUCUCUCACUUUGCCACGGUCCCCGCAGUUUACAGUCGGCAGUGAUCGUGGGUGCCUGCCCACGGAAGGUGCUAUUGAGAAGUGACGGGAUUCGAACAUCAGGAUUGCAGGAUGUCCAAGUCGACGCGCAUGUUCUGCAGCGUGCUGUUGAUCCUCGGCGUGCUGUCCUCCCCCGGGGAGUUCAAAAGGAACCGAGGCUCCCAGGGCGCCAUCCCUCAUCCCGACAAGAGCAGCCCCAACGAGUCGGAGCGGCAGCGUCGACCCCCGCAGCCGGGCUCCGGCUCCGGCCCCCGCCAGAGGCAGGCUUCGUCCUCCCCGGCCGACGAGGUUCUGGAGUCCAGCCAGGAGGCUUUACACGUGACCGAGCGUCAGUAUUUGAAACGGGACUGGUGCAAGACGCAGCCCCUCAAGCAGACCAUCCACGAGGAGGGCUGCGUGAGCCGCACCAUCAUCAACCGCUUCUGCUAUGGCCAGUGCAACUCCUUCUACAUCCCCAGGCACAUCCGCAGGGAGGAGGGCGCCUUCCAGUCGUGCUCCUUCUGCAAACCCAAGCGCUUUACCACCAUGACUUUCACCUUGAACUGUCCCGAUCUGCAGCCUCCCACCAAGAAGAAACGCAUCCAGCGCGUAAAACAGUGCCGCUGUAUCUCCAUAGACUUGGACUAGAGGCCUGCACUGCACUCCAGUCAAGCAGAACCAUAAGACAGGCGUCUGAGGUGCGAAAAAAAAAAAAAAAAAAACAUUUACCUAUCACACGCACAAACCCUCCACGAAAAAAAACAAAACUUUUUGACGUGAAUGAUGCUUUUUUUUUUUUUUUUUCGGAGGGGGGGGGUUUCUGGCAGGUGUGGGAGAUUGUGAGGGUUAUCUUUUUGGGUAAGUUUGCAACAUUUUGGGGCUUGUGUGAGAGGUGCGUUAAUUUUGGGUGAAUGUCUUAGUGUCAGUUUUUGGAGCAUGAGAUGUUUUUUUUUGUUUUUUUUUCAGAGGGUGGGGGUGGUAUUAAAAGGUUGUAUGAGUGUUAAUUUUUUGAUGUGUGAGUUCUUUCCAACAAUUUUUUUUUUUUUUUUGGUGAGUGUUAGAGAUUAUUUGGUGCGCACAAUUUUUUCCGGGGCCUGGGGGUUCUAAAACAUUUUAGUGCAUGUAAGAGUUUAAGGUGAACGCAAAAGGUUAUUUGAUGUGUGCCUUGUUUUUUUGUGUGAGUGAGAAGUGUUCAGUGUGUGUGAGAGGUACAUGUUAUUUUUGACCUUCACUGCAGUUCAUAUUUCUUCACAUCCUCUUACUUUUCUUUUGUUGAGUGAAGAGAGAAGCCACUGUGCUUUUAUCUCCAAUUUGGAGAAAUUUCCAUCAGUUCUUCUCUCGUCUCCUUUCACACAACAAAUAUGGAAUGUAUAAUUGCAAAGGAUAUUUUUUACCUGCACAGUUUUGAGACGUCUGAUAAUGGAGGAAAUUCACUGCACGUUAGUCCGCAUGUUUUAUGCACAACUUCCUCACUUUGCCUUAUUUAAGAAAACACUCAAACAUUAAGUUUGUCUUUUAUGUUUCCACUGUGUGGAGUUGGGAGAGUGAAACGGAGCAUUUGUAAAUGGAAAAUGUUUUUUUUAACUUCUAUUUUAUUUUGACAGUUCACGAAUCUUUUUAAGUUAACCUUAAUGUGAAAAUUUCAUUUUUUUCUUUUUUGGUUAGUUGGAUACGUACAAGACAACAUAUAUUUGUGGUUUGUGCCCAAUGAAGAUUAAAUAUGUAGCUGUUACAUGUAAAGGAUGUUUGGUGUAACGGUACUCAUUAAGUUAU